AUGUCAGACUAUAAGGGUGAUAAAAGUUCUCGCGAGUGUCUUUCCUCUACAUCAACAUCGUCAGAUGAGGAACCAGCCACGCAACGAAAGCGGAAAUCUUCGUCUCGACGUUCCGAAAAUCCAAAAAGGUUAUGCCGGGAUGACGAGGUAUUGCUAAACCUUGUCGAGCAGGUCAGUCAGAUCCAAAAUUUCUUAGCUUUUGUCUAUCCACCUUCGGAUACGAUUGCGCAGGAUGAAAAUUGUGAUAGUAACGCUUUAAAUAACACCUGUGAAAAUAUCGAACAUGAUACUAUUCCAAAUACGUCAAACGAUAUUAAUUUCGAUUUAACGACUAACCUUAAAGAACCGGCUGUUCAGAAUGCCUCCACGGAGCAUUUACAGACACUCAAUUCUUUACAACACUUCAACUCUGAGAAUUGGUCAAAUGUCCGUUAUUCUGAUAUUCAAAAAACUUAUAAUGCCCGGCCUGGUUUUAUUGAUUUGGAAGUUAACGACGAAUUGAAACAAUUUGAGAAAGCAAAUAAUUUUAAUUUGAAUGCGAGUGAUAAGUCUUUGGGUGCUAUUACACGUGCAGUAAUAAUGCAAAAUGAUGCGUUAAAAAAGGGCGUUUCUGAUUUAUUACAAUGGACUCAAGAUAGUGAUAAUAUUAGUAGAGAAUCGUUGUUAUCCAAAAUUAAAGAUUGUUUUUCCGGUGAUUUUCAAAAAAUUUCAUUAGACUGUUUACAGUUAGUUUGCGGUAGGCGUGCUGAUAUUAUUGAACAACGUAGGGAAUAUUUCUUAAAUUUAGUAAAAGAAAAUUUCUUAAAAUCUUCUUUGAAAAAGAUUCCUCCGUCUUGUGAAUAUUUAUUUAAUAAAGAACAGUUGUCUGAUUUUAUUAAAAAUAAUGGAGGUGUAAAUAAUAUAUUUAUUUAUCAAAAGCCAGCCUUCUCUGCGCAAGAGAGGCGGCCUACUUCGGCUGCUCUGGCUGCGCAACCAGGCCCCAGUAAUUACAAACAAACCGGUCGCUUCCAAGCACCGUUUGGCUUAAAUAGCAAUCAAGGCUUUGCAUAUUAUCGAGCGCAGGCGGUGCGACCCUUCCACCCCUAUGCUUUUAAUUAUAAUUUUGGCUCCUAUGCUAAUAAUGAGCGGUUUUUUCGGCCCUCAUAUAAACCACCGUCAUUUCCUCCAAGACAACAGGCCCCGGGUACGGCUAAAAAGCCUUUUAACCAAUCCAAUGCCUCGAGAGGCAGAGGAAGAGGCGAUAGAAAAUUUUGACUCUCAGCA